GUUUGAGCUAGUUUUUCUUCCAAUGGAACAUUAACGUCUCGCUACACUGUGUGAGACUGUAGUGGCAAAGCUUUAUCCCGAAUAUACCACUUUAUUUUCUCCUGUCCUGAGUUGCAUUUAGCUCUUUUUUCUUUUUUUACGAACUACCACACAAACCAACCAUGCCUAAGAAGAGCAAAGCCGCUGCUCCAGAAGGUGAACCAGUGGUCAAGAGGAGAUCUCUGAGGAUCAAAAAAACAGGCACAACUCCAAAGCCUGAGCCCAAGCCAAAGAGGGCAGCCGCUAAGCCUAAGAAAGCAGCAAAGGAGGUGGAGAAGGCCAAGCCUGAAGAGAAAGAGCCCGAGGCCCCAGCUGAGAACGGCGAGACCAAAGCUGAGGAUGAGGCACCAGCUACAGACGCAGCUGAUGAAAAAGAAGAGGCGGCAGAAUAACAUCGCUCAAACCACGUCUUUUACCAGUGCUCCCUGUACCUCUUUUCUUGUACAAUUCAGGGGAAUAUUUUUAUCAACUAUUUUCUAAAUACAGGUUUUUUAGUAGUUUGAUUGUAGAGAACACUUUUUUUUAUUGAAAGAAAAAAGUCAAUUUGGAGACGGGAAUUUCAUCACAUCCCACAAUUUUGCAUCGCCAUAAAAAAUUGCGGUCAUUGUUGUUACUGUUGGUGGAUUUCAUUUCAGUUUAAAAUGUGAAGGAGGGGGAGGGUGCGGGGCAGGUUACAGUGACAACAACACUCACGCACGCACGACUUUGAGCUAGGGAAACAACAGGAAGAGAUUUGCCUGCGUGGAUUACAUUCCAUAUGCUUUAUAAGGGACAGUGUAUGUAAUCUGUGCUGGGGUGGGGAUGGACAAAUUCACAGGGCAACUCAUUGUUUUAUUGUUUAUGAUGAAGAACAGUGUUUUAGAAUGUUUGUAAGCUUUGUUCCUCUAUGUUAACUCUUGUACUCAUGCAGUUUUCUUAACAAAUCUGAUCAAUAAAAGCUAAAAUCGCUAGUACUGGAGCUCUCCCUAUCAGACCUGUGCAUCGCGUGUGUUGGUUGUGUCUCUGUUCUGUGAUAGCAUCGCAAUAAAUUUUUGUAUAGCUGCUGUGAAAAGGGUUUUCAAUCUUUCUAUAUGCAGUGUGUCAUGGUACAUUGUUAAGGAUGGUAAAAAUGGAAUUUGUUUUCUUAGCCAAGCUAACACGGUGUGUAAAAGAAAACAUCUGUUGAGAGCGGCUUCAUAAAGGCCCGCGGUUAAACUGUACAUUCAUUUGAGAUGUCAAAUGCCUACCAGCAGUAGCAAUAUUCAUGUGAGUUUAGGUAUCUGUAUCGAGUUAAAGUGUGCAGUUAAUUUUCAUUUGUUUAUAGGUGUAACUGUGUGAUGAUUGUUAUCAACAAAACAAUAAAACUCAGUUGGUA